AUGGUCCGAAUUCGCAUUGGCAUAAUUGGUCUUUCACCUGGUGCAUGGGCAGCUAAUGCUCAUCUACCCUAUCUGAAAAGCCCCGAUUCAAAGUUCAAAAUUGUGGCUGUUUGUAAUUCAUCUGUGGAAAGUGCUGCGAACAGCGUCAAAAAACUCAAGCUUCCAGGAGGAGUAAGGACGUACGGAGAUGUGCAAGAUAUCGCUGACGACAAAGACAUUGACCUUGUUGUUUGCACUACGCGAGUAGAUCGCCAUUACAAGUCUAUUCUUCCUUCACUGAAAGCUGGCAAGGAUGUCUUUGUCGAAUGGCCCCUUGGGGCAAGCCUUAAGGAAGCAAAAGAGCUUCUCGAUGUGGCAAAACAAAACAAUGUCAAGCUCACUGCAGUUGGACUUCAAGGCCGUUUUGACGCUAUUGUCGAAACUUUGAAAGGCGUCUUGGCAGAAGGAAGAAUUGGCAAAGUUUUAAGCACUACAAUCUCCAGUCAAGGAUUGAUUGCAGGACAGACGGAGCUUGAAAGUCAAACUUACCUGGUUGACCGUGAAAGUGGUGGCUCUUUACUCUCAAUUCCAGCCUUACAUUUGCUCGACACCGUUCAAGAAGUCCUUGGCGAAUUUUCAAGCUUCCAUUCUCUCCUUUCAAACCAACGACCAAUCGUUAAGAUCGUUAAAGACGAUGGCUCCGUGGCCAAAGAGAACGUCGAGAAGACGACUCCAGAUCAUGUUAUGAUUCAGGGUUCGCUCAAGUCAGGUGCAGUAUUUUCGGCUACGAUUAGAGGUGGAUCGCCAUUCAAGGGAUCUCCUGGACUUGAGUGGAGAAUCUAUGGCGAGAAAGGAGAGAUCAAAAUUACAGGCCCCAGUGCAUUUAUCGAGAUUGUCGGUACCAACAGCAUUCAGCUUCACGACUUUGACACCGACGAAAUUGUGGAAAUUGCGCUCAAGAACGGGGCUUUUGCCGAGAUGGAUCCGAUAUAUAGGAAUUUGGCCCGCGUUUAUGAGGCAAUUGCUGCAGGUGACAAAAGCCUACUUUGUGAUUUUGAGGAUGCUGUGGAAAGACAUCAUUUUAUUGAGGAGAUCUACAAUCAAAACUCCAAGGCCUAA